CUUCAGAGCAGCAGAGCAGCAGGCGCCCAGUCAGCGCAGCUCUCUCCUGCCUCCACGGAGGGAUCUCGUUGGAUUUUUUUUUUACCCUCAUCUCGGCCCCAAGAUGAGAUUGGCUUGUGUUGUCGCUGCGGUUGCGGCUCUGCUCACAGGAAAUCUAGCGCUUCCAGUGGGAAAAGAAGGGCAGAGAGAAGAUGUGGUAACGCGAUGCUUGGUUGAAGUCCUGUCCAAAGCUCUCUCCAAACCGGACUCUCAGCUGGAUCAGGAAUGCAAAGAUAUUCUCCAAGCAGGGGUUAAACAUGCUCCACUGGACAAGAAGAGGAGUGAGGGGACAGUAACUCAAGAAGAGGUGGUCAAAGGUCAUCCUGAUAAUACUGAGGCAAAAGCAACAGACGUCAAAGACAUUGAGGCACUUCUGAAAUCCGUGGAGGAGAAGAGAGACAACCCAGAGGACGAGCGCAGCCAAGAAUCCUGGAGUCUGGGUGACGAGAAGGAGAAGAGACACGAGAACGAAGAGGAAGAAGAGCGGGAGAAGAGGAGCAGCUGGAGGCCUGGAAGAUACCACCAGAGAAAACACAAACGGGGUGAAGAGGACAACGAGCGCAGUCAGGAGAGUUGGGGGGUCGACGAAAAGCGAUCAGAGGAGGAGGAAGAAGAAUUUGAAGGUAGAGAGAAGAGGAACUGGAGGCCUGGAAGAUACCACCAAAGAAAACACAAACGAGAUGAGGAACCUUUGGGAGAGAAGAGGGAAGAGCCAGAGGAAGAACGCAGCCAAGAGUCCUGGGAUGUAGACAAAAGGCACGGAAAUGCUGAUGAGGAGGAGAGAUACAAGCGCAUCUGGAAGCCCACACAUCGCUACCACCACAAGAAAAAGCUCCACAAACGCGGGGAUGAGCCAUCUGAGGAAGAGAAGGAUGAGGAUCGCAGCCAGGAAUCUUGGGGUCUUGACAAUGAGAGAGACAAGAGGGACUGGAGACCAGGAAGGUACCACCAGAGGAGACACAAGCGUGAUGAAGAGCUCUCAGAAGAAGCCAGAGAAGAACCAGAUGAAGAGCGUAGCCAGGAAUACUGGGACUUUGACACCGGAAGAGAAAAGAGAGAUUGGAGGCCCGGCAGGUACCACCAGAGGAGACACAAACGUGAUGAGGAGCUCUCUGAAGAAGCCAGGGAAGAGCCAGAUGAAGAACGCAGCCAGGAAUACUGGGACUUUGACACCGGAAAAGAAAAGAGAGACUGGAGGCCCGGCAGGUACCACCAGAGGAGACACAAACGUGAUGAGGAGCUCUCCGAAGAAGCCAGGGAAGAACCAGAUGAAGAACGCAGCCAGGAAUACUGGGACUUUGACACUGGAAGAGAAAAGAGAGACUGGAGGCCCGGCAGGUACCACCAGAGGAGACAUAAGCGUGAUGAAGAGCUCUCUGAAGAAGCCAGGGAAGAGCCAGAUGAAGAACGCAGCCAGGAAUACUGGGACUUUGACACUGGAAGAGAAAAGAGAGACUGGAGGCCCGGCAGGUACCACCAGAGGAAACACAAACGUGAUGAGGAGCUCUCUGAGGAAAAGCAAGAAGAGGCGGAUGGAGAGCGCAGUCAGGAGGACUGGGGGUUUGACAAAAGGCAUGGAAAAGAAGAAGGAGAAAUCGAGAAGCGCAUAUGGAAACCAACACACCGAUACCACCACAAGAAGAAAUUUCACAAGCGUGGCGGAGGCUCGUCAGAAGAAGAGGAAGAACAGAGGGAUGUUUCAGAGGACUAUGAGGAGGCCGCAAAGGACAGGGACGAAGCUCUGAGGUAUCUGGCAGAGAAGCGCAAUCCCUGGAUUUUCAGAGGCUACUACCAUCCUGCCUGGUUUAAGAGGGAUUCAGAUGAACCAGCUGCAACCUCAAACAAGAUGGAUGAACUGGCCAAGCUGCUGAGCUAUAAGAUAAACCAGCUGACCAACCAGUCUAAUCAGGAGGAAGCAAAGAGAAGCACGCACCAGAGAGCACUCACCCCGCAGGAGGAGAAAGAGCUGGAGAACCUAGCAGCGAUGGACAUGGAGUUGCAGAAAAUCGCUGCCAAGUUGCAUGACAACAGCGCAUAAACCACGACGGACAACGUUUCAAGAGACUAUCAGCUAGGAGUGGAUUAAAGCUGCUGUCUUAUUAGCGUAUGUCUGCCAAUUUAGUGUGCUUACAGUGUUAGAAAAAGACAAAAAAUAAGACAUAAAAAAACCAAAACUGGAGCCUUGCCAAAAACAUUAAUAUCAACUUGUUUAUCAUUGUAUUUGUGAUAUUUUGAUGUUCUCAAACUUAAUCAGCAUGGGAAUGGUUUUGAUGUUUAUACAUAUAAAGUGAAAAUAAUAUAUCUAUCUGAGACAGAUUAUUAAACUAACUGUGUUCUGAAGAGUUUGUUCAGUCUGCACUCAAUAAAGAGUUAUUCUGGGA